AUCUGCUAUUGACGUUUCAUUUUGGGGGCGGGUUUCAUCUCCAAUAUUUUGCUAAACUGCCCUAAAAUGAAAGUAAUUCAAACGUUGGUUUUGUAAUAAAAUCGUCAUUUCAAUAGAUCAAUGUGUUGAUUGACCGCCACUAAAUAGACACGUCAAGAUGAUUGGAGGCCUAUUUGUGUAUAACCACAAAGGGGAGGUGUUGAUAUCUCGAGUGUACCGGGACGACAUAGGGCGCAAUGCUGUUGAUGCAUUUCGUGUCAAUGUGAUCCAUGCACGUCAGCAAGUGCGCUCACCUGUCACUAAUAUUGCCCGCACCUCUUUCUUUCAUAUAAAGCGAGCAAACAUCUGGCUAGCUGCUGUGACCAAGCAGAAUGUGAACGCAGCCAUGGUGUUUGAGUUCCUGCUCAAGAUCAUUGAUGUGAUGCAGUCAUACUUCGGCAAGAUCUCCGAAGAGAACAUCAAGAAUAACUUUGUACUCAUCUAUGAAUUGCUUGAUGAGAUCCUGGACUUCGGCUACCCACAAAACUCAGAUACGGGUGUAUUAAAGACAUUCAUCACCCAGCAAGGCAUCAAGUCAGCUUCCAAGGAGGAGCAGGCGCAAAUUACCUCACAGGUUACCGGACAAAUCGGUUGGCGUCGAGAAGGCAUAAAGUAUAGACGUAACGAAUUGUUCCUUGACGUACUGGAGUAUGUCAACUUACUGAUGUCGCCUCAAGGACAAGUGUUAUCAGCUCACGUUGCCGGCAAGGUGGUGAUGAAGUCAUACCUGUCGGGUAUGCCGGAGUGCAAAUUCGGCAUCAACGACAAGAUUGUCAUGGAGGCCAAGGGGAAAGGGAAUGGCCCCACAGGUGGCAUAUCUGGCAACACGGACAGCGAUCCCGCCAGAUCGGGCAAGCCCGUGGUGGUGAUCGACGACUGCCAGUUCCACCAGUGCGUGAAACUCAGCAAGUUCGAGACGGAGCAUUCCAUCUCUUUCAUACCACCUGACGGGGAGUUCGAACUAAUGAGGUACCGCACCACCAAGGACAUUUCCCUGCCGUUCCGCGUCAUACCGCUGGUGCGCGAGGUCGGGCGCACCAAGAUGGAGGUGAAGGUGGUGCUGAAGUCCAACUUCAAGCCGUCGCUGCUGGGCCAGAAGAUCGAGGUGAAGAUACCCACGCCCCUCAACACCAGCGGCGUGCAACUCAUCUGCCUCAAGGGCAAGGCAAAGUAUAAGGCCUCUGAGAACGCUAUAGUUUGGAAAAUCAAGCGCAUGGCGGGUAUGAAAGAGACCCAGUUGUCCGCUGAAAUAGAGCUUCUAGAGACUGACACCAAGAAGAAGUGGACCCGACCACCCAUUUCCAUGGGCUUUGAAGUACCAUUCGCACCUUCCGGCUUCAAGGUUCGGUACCUGAAGGUGUUCGAGCCCAAACUAAACUACUCUGACCAUGACGUCAUCAAAUGGGUGCGCUACAUCGGACGCUCCGGACUCUACGAGACUAGAUGCUAAGAAAACGGAAACACGGACCUCGGAAUGUUUGUCUCCUCAAUGGAAAUUUCAUGCAGAUUUGGAUAUUGUAGAUCGAUAUAAGGCGUGUUACAUAAUAAUAUAUUUUCUUCCUGUAUAUAACUACUCAUACACUAAAUAUUAUAUUACAAAAAUUACAACUCGCGUCAAGUAAAAAAAGUUUGCAAUUU